AUGUUUGAAUAUAAACUUAAAGUAUUUGAGGGUAUAGGUCUUAAAGAAAAUAAAUUAAUAAAAAAGAGAAAAAUGAUGAAUGAAAUUGGAUAUUAAUAUAUUGAAAUAAUUUAGUAAUACAAUAAAAAUUUAGAAAAUUUAAAGACUAAAUUAACAUCUGCUAUUGAAAUAAUGUUUAAUGCCAAUAAAAAUUGGAUUAGAGAAUUGAAUUAAAAAAAUAAGAUUUUUGUAUUUAUUGCUUUAUUGAUGAAUCAGAUGAUUAUAUUAGAAAUAGAUAAUAAUAUUUGCAUACAUUUUAAUUUGAUUUUUUUGAUAAAAUGA